AUGGGCCCACAGGAAGAAGAGAGAGAGUUGUCAAUUGACGAGGAAUACAAGUUAUGGAAGUCAAAUGUGCCAUUAAUGUACGAUUUUGUCAGUGAAACAAAACUGACUUGGCCUUCUUUGACUGUGGAAUGGUUGCCCCACGAUCCUCAGGCUCCAUUGACUCAACAGGAGAUGAUUAUAGGUACACACACUUCGGACCAAGAACCAAACUAUGUGAAGAUCGCCUCUAUUGAGUUACCCAAUGAAGUCAUCGAUCCACAUAAUGUGUCAGAUGCACCUGUUAAAUCAAAUGUCAGGAUUACAAAGAAGUUCAAACUUGAGAAGGAGAUAACUAGGUCUAGGUAUAUGGUCCAGGAUCCAAAUAUAAUCUCUACUAUAGACGGUAACGGGACAGUGUCGAUUUUUGACAGAAAUUCCAGUGAUAGUCCUGUGAAGACGUAUUCUUAUCAUAAAGAUAAUGGGUAUGGUUUAUCCUUCAACCCAAUAUCAAAAGGUCAGCUUUUGUCAGCUGCUGAUGACGGUUAUAUUGCCAUGUACGAUAUUAAUGCCGAAUCAGAAGAUCCCGUGGAGACGUGGCAAAGUACUGAUAAUUGUAUAAUAAAUGAUAUCAAAUGGCAUCAUUUUGAUGCUACUUUGUUUGGUACUGUUUCAGAAGAAAAAAAUACUCUCUCCAUAUAUGAUCUUAGAACGAAAGAUAAAGUCACUUCUAUUGAAAUGGAACAACCAUUCAAUUCUUUGGCAUUCUCAAAACAUUCCAAGAAUUUAUUCUCCGCUGCUGGUACUGAUCAAAACGUAUAUUUGUACGAUCUAAGAAAUACAAGAAAGACAUUGCAUUCAAUGUCAGGCCACGAGGGGCCAGUCACGAAUUUAGAAUUCCACGACUCCGUUGACGGUAUCUUGGUAUCAAGUUCGGAAGAUAGACGUAUUAUUAUCUGGGAUUUAAUGGAAAUUGGGAGUGAACAAGUUAAUGAAGAUGCUCAGGAUGCGACUCCAGAAUUGAUGAUGAUACACGCAGGUCACAGAAGUUCAGUCAAUGAUUUUUCUUUGAAUAGUUCAAUCCCUUGGUUAAUUGCAAGUACGGAAGAGGAAAAUAUUAUCCAAGUUUGGAAAAGUUCCAGUAGGUUGCCGAGAAUUAGUAACUCAAAGCCUUUCAUUAAUUACGACUUAAUUAAUUGA